GCCUGUGUUGUGCUGGGUUUCUAUGGCUGUGGGCGGGUGACGUCAUUUGGAGUCAGGCUGCACAGUCACUGCCGGGUGUUGUGCGCAAACAGCGACGUUCAGGAGAAGAGCCCGCCGUGAGGGGCCUACAUGAUUGCAGCUGCGAUUCUUGCCUUCACAUUUGCCUGCACAAGUCAGUGAUGGAGUCGGAGGCCAAAGACGGAGACGAAGACCACCUUCAGAGCGCUUUUAAAAAACUGCGUGUAGAUGGAGAAGGGGGCACAGCAUCUCUGCCUGCUGCUGAUGGUGGCACUACAAGGACGUGUGGAAGGCCUUCUUUGGAAGACACCAAGCCCAAAGUUUUUGGAUGCCUGAAGGAUAGCUGGCAUGGAUCAUCAAGAAAGACUAUAAGGGGAGUCACCAGAACACCUCGCAGACGACGCUCUAAAUCCCCAGUCCUCCACCCCGCAAAGUUUACACACUGCAGCACAAAGGUAUCUUGCAGCACUCAGCUAAAGCACAAGACCCUCUGCGACGCUACAGACGGAGGCUCCUCCAUCGGUCGUUCGACCACCAGCGAUCCACCAAGCACUACUCUUAAUGUCAAUGGCUACAGGAGAUUUGGCCUUGAGCCUUCUGAGUUAUCUCCAUCAGAGACCUCCUCCCAGGUACCCGUUUCCCUGGAUCCUGGGACAAGCUCCAAGGCCGGUUUGCCUUCAGAUUUCCACUCUGUGUCGAAGCUCAGCACCGCCACAAAAUGUACUUGCAACGAUGAGGGGGAUUGCCAGUGUGAUAACUGGCAAAACAUGGAAGUCUAUUCCUUCUCAGGCUUACGAGACAUGCUAACCGAGUGCGAGAAGACUGUGAAGGAGGACUGCUCUCAGCCUUUACAAAACAGAACUCAUGCUGGUGGCUCCAGUGCCUCCGGUUCCCCUCGCUCUUGCUCAGAGCAGGCCCGAGCCUCGGUUGAUGAUGUCACCAUCGAAGACCUGGCCGGGUACAUGGAAUACUACUUGUAUAUUCCAAAGAAAAUGUCCCACAUGGCAGAAAUGAUGUACACCUGAGCAUUCAGCAUCAUGAUCAUGAACCGCAUGUUGCCAAGUGAAAUCAUUGGGCCUUCAAUCAUUUGGUGUUUAUUAUAAAAUCUGUCAUCUGCGCUCUGCACAGUUUGUCUAGAAAUUUCAAGCGUGUCUAGCUUCAAAAAGACUACCAGUGUUUGUUUUUUUUU